AUGGGAUCAUCAGUCUCGAAAUCAGAAACUAAGGUGUUUACCCCAAAGGCUCCAGUAGACUUUAGUGCUUCAUUCUUAUCGCACUUGGAGAACUCCCAAGAGUCUGAUUAUACCAGGUCUCAAUAUACCGAAAAAUAUAUUCAGGAAAGAGUUGCCUCCGAAUUGAAGAAUUUGGAGGCCGAGACAGUUGAGAAGUUUCAAGCCACAACUGGUAGUUCAUUGUUGAAGGAAGGAGACGACAAACUCUCGGUGAAGUCAUCGAAUGAAAAGAUUUCAAACUUGACUAAGAUCUUGCAAGAAAGUGCUAAAUUGGUCCAGGUUGAACUCAGUUCCGAUAUUAAAGAUGCAAGACAAUCUGUGAUUGCUUGUUUGAAAGACAAUCAAGGAAAACCAUUGAACUGUUGGGACGAAGUUGACCAUUUCAAGAGUUUAGUUCAUAGCAUGUAG